AAAUUUUGGCUGGUGGGUGGAGCAUGUGCACGUUUCCAGGCAGUAAAAUCCCUGAACCGCCCCCAGACGCGCUCCUUUGUUCUGAUCACAACAGGCCCGAGCAGAUGGCGCUGUGACGGACAGCCGCUCUCAGCCAAUCAGCUGCCGGAAAAUCAUCUGACAGCUCGCCUCGCGCCAGGUGUUUGGAUCGUUUUUGUCUUCCAUCCUGACGAGGAGCUGCGACGGUGAAGGUCCGAGCGGUCGGAUCCAGGUCGGAGCUGUCGGCGCCUCCUGUGUGGGACUGAACUCCGGCAGGAGAAUGUGCGAGUUUAUGUGAUCAUUUAUCGUCUUCACGUCAGGACGCGCGCGUCUGGGAACAGAAGAUCCUACCUACUCUGAGAUGCGGCUGCAUAAUACCAAACAUCUCCUGACCACUCGCCUGGACUGAAAGAACUAGUUAGUCCGGAUAGUCUGGCUGAUGACUGUAACAAACUCUCACAAAUUCAUCUGGCUUCACCUGACCUUCCCCAUGAUGGCAAGACAGAGGUCAGACAGCUCUUUCUUGGGCCAGAUGUUUGUUGCCCAAAUCUUGUUAUCAGCAGGACUAUCCUCAUUCCAGAACAAUGAGUGCCCCCAGCUCUGUGUGUGCGAGAUCAGACCCUGGUUUACCCCACAGUCCACCUACCGAGAAGCCAUUACAGUCGACUGCAACGACUUGCGUCUAACACACAUUCCAGGGAACUUGUCCAGUGACACUCAGGUUCUCCUCCUGCAGAGUAACUACAUUUCAAGGACCAAUGAAGAGCUGGAGCAGCUAUUUAACCUGACAGAGUUGGACUUGUCCCAGAACAACUUUAGCACCAUUCAGGAUGUAGGCCUGAAUAACAUGUCUCAGCUCACCACACUUCAUCUGGAAGAGAACCAGAUCACACAAAUGCCAGAUUUCUGUCUACAGGACCUCAGCAACUUGCAAGAGCUCUACAUAAACCACAAUCAAAUCAACACCAUAUCUGCAAAUGCCUUUAGUGGUCUUCAUAACCUGCUCAGGCUUCACCUCAACUCCAAUAAGCUCAAGGUCAUCAAUAGCCAGUGGUUUGACUCUACACCCAAUCUGGAGAUCCUGAUGAUUGGGGAGAACCCUAUUUUUGGAAUAAUGGAUUUUAAUUUCAAGUCCCUGGGUAACCUAAGAAGCCUGGUUUUGGCUGGUAUGGAUUUAAUAGGUAUCCCUGCAAAUGCGUUUGCAGGACUUGACAAUCUUGAAAGCCUCUCGUUUUAUGACAAUAAGCUAAUCAGAGUUCCUCAGAGAGCACUUCAGAAAUUACCUAACCUCAAGUUCUUAGAUUUGAACAAAAACCCAGUGCAUAAGAUUUUGAAAGGAGAUUUCAAGAAUAUGCUGAGACUGAAGGAGCUGGGUAUAAAUAACAUGGCGGAACUGGUCUCCAUUGAUCAGUACGCUUUGGUCAACCUUCCUGAGCUCACUAAGCUGGAGGCUACAAACAACCCCAAGUUCUCCUACAUCCACCACCGGGCUUUUCAUGAUGUUCCAGCUUUGGAGAGUCUAAUGUUGAAUAACAACGCCCUGAAUGCGCUCUAUCAAUCCACAGUGGAAUCGCUGCCUAACCUACGUGAGAUCAGCAUCCACAGCAACCCUCUUCGAUGUGACUGUGUUAUCCAGUGGAUGAGUGCCAAUAAAACCACCAUCCGUUUCAUGGAACCUCUGUCGAUGUAUUGUGCCACACCAACAGAGCUCAGGGGGGAGCGUGUCAGGGAAGUUCUACAAAAAAACUUAGCAGACCAGUGUUUGCCCAUGAUCUCCCAUAAUACCUUCGAUAGCCACCUCAACGUGGACAUUGGCAUGACUGUGGACUUAGAUUGUAGAGCCAUGUCCAAGCCUGCACCGGAAAUCUACUGGGUUACCCCAGUGGGUACAAAGGUAAUGUUAGACAUUGUAUCAGACAAGUACAGCCUCAACAGUGAAGGAACCUUGAGAAUUUUUCAUAUUCAGGUUGAAGACUCUGGCAGAUACACUUGUGUUGCCCAGAAUUCAGAGGGAGCUGACACACGAGUGACAGUCAUAAGAGUGAAUGGCACACUUUUAGAUGGCACUCAGCUGAUGAAGAUCUCUGUUGUACAGAUAGAAUCUCACUCCAUCUUGGUCUCCUGGAAAAUAAACUUGAAUGUAAUGACUUCUAACCUCAAGUGGUCAUCAGCAACCAUGAAAAUUGACAACCCACAUAUUAGCUACACUGCCAAGGUACCCGUGGACAUCCACGAGUACAAUCUUACACAUUUACAACCAGCAACCGAGUAUGAGGUGUGUCUCACAGUGUCAAACAUUCAACUACAAACACAAAGGUCAUGUGUAAAUGUGACAACAAAGCACGUGACAUUUGCUGUGGAAGUGUCUGACCAAAGUACCAACACUGCUCUUGCAGCAGUUAUGGGAACGAUGUGUGCAUUCAUCAGUCUGGCCUCUCUGGGUGUAUACCUCAGUAAGAGGUGGAAGAGGAAAAAUUACCAUCAUUCCCUGAAAAAGUACAUGCAGAAGACGUCAUCCAUCCCACUAAAUGAGCUGUACCCUCCACUUAUAAACCUUUGGGAGGCUGACGGCGAGAAGGACAAAGAAGGUUCCUCUGAGACCAAGCCCAGCCAGGUGGACACAACACGUAGCUAUUACAUGUGGUGAGACGUUUGUUUCUGGAGCACAAAUACAGUUUUGCUUCUUUAUGUUAAAGUAAAACUGCUUUUUGUGAUUUUCUGUGUUUUUCUUACACAAACCUUUCCUGGACAGAGUAGAGAGCGUGCAUUAUUUUUACUACUCGUUUGAUGAACACAGCAUGUGCGUUGUCAUAGAUCCAGUAUGCUGCAGUCCAACUCAUUUGGACUCGUUCCUCUGGCAGAACUGUUUGAGACGCUUUGUUUCCCCUCUUGUAUAAACAGUUUCACUGUUGACUAUUGUGCACUGAAUUUGUUAUCACCACACUAUAAGCUGACAGUUAAUAUAGACUUGACAUACUGUCUCUUGAAUAAUGUAGCAAUUCUUCUGUAAUGUUGUAUCAGCUGUGAUUCAAAUGAUUGUUUCUGUAUAUUAAA